AUGAACUCUGCGCCCCUCGACACGUUCUUGUCGUUGUGGUUGUGUGUUGAUACUCCAGCAGACCUGUCAAAACUGUUGGCGUGCAUCACUGCUGAAGAUAUCAGCAAGAAGAAGGAAGGUUUGCGUGAUGAUGAGAUGAGGCGCGUGUAUGAAGCCUGUUGCUCUAAAGGCAGAGAGUGGGAUUUACUACAUGCACUCUUUACACUACAGCAGACGGCGACUGAUGUCCCACUGAAGUUGGUGGAUGUAAUGAUCGUUUUGCUUUGUUGGGAGGCGGUAUUGAUGCACUCGGUGCGGUGGUUUUUUGCGGAGUGUUCACAGUAUAUUGAACAACUGAUUACGCGUGGCCGCAGCGCGGAUUCUUUUGGUAGAGUUUCCUACGAGAAUGCCGUGAAGAACGUUGCGCUUGCUUUAUACAGCUGGAAUGAUGAAAUGUUAUGGCGUCUGGACGUUAUUCUGAAUGAGACGUCGUUUCAGAGUGGUGAUAACGGAGUUGCAUACCUGCAAACUAUAGGCGAUUCUCUAGUAGGCGAGAGUCAACAACAGGAUCAAGAUGAGUAUCAACAGAAAGAAAAUGAUAUAACAACAACAACAACAACUACUACUACUACUACUACUACUGAUAUUACUACUACUACUACUACCACUGCUGCGGUUGCUGGUGAGGAGUUUUCUAUUUCUACAUCAACGAUGGUCUUGUUUCCGUCAUUAUUAAUGUCAUUACCAUCCUCUUCUGGACUAGAGGAGUCCACCGCAGAUAUUGAGACAUAUGGUAGAAUGCGGUCAGCCGUUUCACAAUCACAUUACACGGGAGAUACAUCUAGUGACACAGCGUUGUUGGUAAGGAGUGCAAAUGAUAAGCUGUCAAUUGAAGAACAUGAUAAAAGGAAGAAAAGAAGAAAUAACAAUAAAAACUUUUCUUGCAAUGGAUGCUAG